GACAGUGACUAGGAUAAUAAAGAUUGUUCUAAGCAAUUUUCAGUUUUACUCAGGGCAGAUGGGGUCCAGCGGUGCACGUCACUGCUGCACUGUGCUUUGGAUCUGGCUGGCCACAUACCUGCUGUCCCUGUCCUUCGUUCUAUCAGUGAAACCUGCUAUAAAGAAAGAGCACAACUUAACUAUUCAUUCCUCCCAGCUGGUGUGCAGUCUGCCAGGGCCUCAAGGCCCUCAAGGCAGUCCUGGAUCUCUGGGGCCCAAUGGCAGCCCCGGCCAGAUGGGUUUACCUGGUGCUGAUGGGAAGGAUGGCAGGGAUGGGGACAGGGGGGAGAAAGGAGACAAAGGAGAACAAGGCCGCAUUGGGAACCCCGGAAAACCAGGAUUGAAAGGUCAGCAGGGAGUUGUGGGAAGAGCAGGGCCGAAGGGUCUAAAAGGCACACAAGGCUCAUCUGGCAAGCGUGGACCCAGUGGGCUAAAGGGUGAAAUGGGAGAUUCGGGUGAAACCGGUACCCCUGGUGGCUGUGAUUGUGGUUUGCAGGGGCGUUCUGCUUUCUCAGUUGCAAUUACCAAAAGUUAUCCCAAAGAACGUAUGCCCAUCCAAUUCGAUCGCAUUUUAAUGAAUGAAGGCAGCCAUUACAAUGCCAGCAGUGGUAAGUUCACCUGUGUGGUCCCAGGUGUUUACUACUUUAGCUAUGACAUCACAUUGGCCAAUAAACACUUAGCAAUAGGGCUCGUGCACAAUGGGCAGUACAAGAUCAAGACUUUUGACGCCAACACAGGGAACUAUGAUGUAGCAUCAGGAUCAACUGUGCUUCGACUGCAAAAAGGAGACCAGGUGUGGCUUCAGAUCUUCUACUCUGAGCAGAACGGGUUGUUCUUUGAUCCAUUUUGGACUGACAGUCUGUUCUCAGGAUUUCUCAUUUAUGCAGAUCAGAAUUCUCCCAGGCAGGUGAAUAUCACUGCUAGUUCUGGGUCCUCCUGAUGGAACUUUUUUUCUGGCGUUACAAGCUCCAUGCCAUUCUUUUUAUCCUUUAUGCUGACUCUCACUGCUAAACGACAGAGAGACGGUACUUUAAAAACUGCAUAAAACUUUUUAGAUUUGUUUCUAAAUCUAUACCCUUUAUAGAAACUGGUAAAAAUGGUGGGUCUGCUACCACCUGGAAACACUGGGUCAAAUAGUCACCAAAAAAGUCACCUUGGACAGGGCACCAAUUCAGUUUUACCACCAUCCAGUUUGCAAAAAGUUACAUUUACACAAAUGUAUGCAUAUAAGGAUGGCUGAAGCCAUUUAAUGAUUUGAUGCCCUGUACAGGGUAUUCUUGCCUUGCGCCCAGUAUUUCCGGUGGACCAGACCUGCCUCGACUCUGACCAAGAUAAAGUGGUAAACGAAAAUGAAAUCAUUUGCACCUUUAUUGAGAUAUUGAGUUGAUAUUAUUGCAUAUAAUGCUCUGCACACUUUUGUUGUGUAAACUUCAUGUUGAACAUAAUAAUAAAAAACUUAAGUGCAUAAAAAAGUUAAAAACUAAUUAGAUUGAGAGGUAUCACAACAUUUUAUAUACAAACUAAUGUGCUAAAUUACAUUUUGACCAAUAGCAUGGCCACUAUUUUACACACAGUAUAGAAAUGCCAGGUAGAACAUGAAAUUUAAUUUAAUGAAAUUUAGGAUUUAAUUAUUUACCACCCUUUUGGCAGGUGGGAUUGAAUUAAUUGUUUGUGUAUAUGUAUAACUGCAUGUGGGCGAGCAUUAGCAUAUACAACUAAUAAAAUAGAAGCACAUUAUUUAAACAAAGCUACAUAAAUUUACCAGAGCCCACCCACAUUCCCUACAAACUUCAGUUUUUUUUUUUUUUGUUUGUUUUGUUUAAUUAAAAAUGCUAUCACUUCUGCAUAAGUCUUUGAACUGAAUGUGUGAUGAACAGUUACUAAACUUGUGGCAUUUAUUUUUUGCCAAAGGUAUUUCAUGGUGUUACCCAAAACUACAUCUAAAGUACAUUUCGAUUUUAGAUAUAAAAAAACAUUGGAAACUAAAUAUAAAUGUUACACUGUUAAAGUUUUCGGACAAUACAUUUCUCCAUUCUCUUAAACAUGAAGUUCUAGGAUGUCUUAAACUUGGCCCUAUAAAGAUUCUUGAUGUUUGUUGCAGACGUUUAACUCUUCUUUCUACAGAAAAAACAGUGUCAUCCCUUGGUGAUUUUCUAAAUAAAAACCCAAAACAAAUCUGUUGACUUUUUAGUUAAAAACAUGUUUAACGUCAGUGUGUUAUUAAUUCAAAAAUUAGAAGGGGUGUCCCAAUACUUUUGUCCAGAUAGCGUUCAUGGAUCUUGAGGGUUUGUGGUGGUUUAAGGAUUUUAAGUUUAAAUACCAAAAUUGCCACUGUUUAGAACUGUCAGUCUGUCAGUCUGAUGACUACAUGUUACCUGUACUUUACAUAAUAUUAUGUUUAUUACAUUAAUUUUAGAUAUAUAGAAAGAUAUGCUUGCAUAAGGACGUGCUGCAUUAACACAUUUGUCUGACCAGUUUGGUCCCUGAACUGUUCUUAGUUUUUUUGUUUGUUUGUGUUUACUGAAACUAAAUGUCUAAUGUGGCUAACAAGUCAACAAUAAAA